UUUGUAAUUUUGUAGGUAGAGUCAUGACAGACAUGGCAGUGCAGACAGAUUUGACAUUUAAUGAUCUUAAGGACUGCACUGACCAAGAUCUUCAAGGAGGAAGUCUGAGCCGUACCAUCUUUGUGAAGAAUGUUACCAAGGAUGACACAUCCUGUAAAUUCUAUACAGGUGUGACAUUGGCCACUCUGAUGUUGAUCUUUGAUGUAAUCCGAAGCAAGGCAGAGAGAAUGAGAUACUGGCAGGGAAGUGCAAGAGACCUACCUGAUGCCCCAAAUGGAAAUAAAAGAGGACCUGCACGUGUACUAUCCUCCUUUGAAGAAUUUCUGCUAACCCUUGUAAGAAUCAGAAGAGGCCUUGAUGUUGAGGUAUAGGCUGACAUCUUCGCCAUAUCUUGCUCAAGUAUAAGCCGCAUAUUUAUAACCUGGAUUAAUUUGUUACAACUAUAACUCAAGUUUUUAAUCCAAUGGCCGACCAGAGAUCAAAUUCGUCUGAAAUUACCUAAAGUGUUCAAGUGCUUUUCGAGAACUAGAGCUGUGAUUGACCGCACUGAGUUUUUUAUUCAACGACCAAGCCUACCAUCUAGCCAGCGUGUGACAUGGAGUUCAUACAAACACCAUAACACUGUUAAACUAUUGGUUUCUAUUUCCCCAUCAGGCUCAUUUACAUUUAUUUCAAAACUUUGGGCUGGUUCUGCAUCAGAUAAAAAGAUAGUUGAAGAAUCUGGGUUUCUGAAUAACUUAGAGUAUGGUGAUGAUAUAAUGGCUGAUAGGGGUUUUAUGAUAAGUGGUGCUCUCGCUCUUAAAGGUUGCACUUUAAAUAUACCACCCUUUACAUGUGGAAAACAGCUGAGCAGCAGAGCAACAACUAAGACUAGGAGAAUAGCAAGAGCCAGAAUACAUGUGGAAAGAGCUAUAGGGGACUU